UUCACGUUGCGUCGUAGUACAACAUGGUGCCCAGACCCACCACUACCGACCACUCUGAGGAGACAGGUGACUCCGAGUUCUUAACCUUUGACGAGUUUAACGCCCUAGCUACCGAGGAGGAAGCAGCUCACGAGGCCCAAGCUGAUCAUCCCCAGGAGAAUCUACCUUCUGCCGGUGUGAGUUCUACCAGCUCUGUUCAAGUGCAGUCCCUAUCUCACCCUAUUCCUUCUGGUGACAUCACUUCUAGUCUACCCCAACCAUCCCUCAAGGUGACCAAUGGUAUUCGCAGUUACAAGAUCAUCGACCCCUUCAAAGGCGACAAAACGCAGGAUAUUGUGGAGUUCUUAUCCAAGUUCGAGGAAACUUAUGGUUUGUUAGGAUGGCCAGAAGCUACUAAGUAUAAUGUUCUCCGUGUUAACAUAGAGGGUGCACCCUUCCAAAUUGUUGACAACAAUGUUCGACUCGCCAAAAAUGAUCCCGAAGCUUAUGCUCAAGCGAAGAAGGUAUUGUUGAGCAGAUAUGCUCCUUCUAUUUUUUCCACAUGGCAAACUGCCGUGUCUCGAACUCUCUCCGAGGGAGAAUCUAGCGGAGAUUUUAUGUCUGAGUUGCAAAAACUCUUCAAGCAAUGCCUGCCCAGUGACUUCUCCGUCUCAGGAGUCGAGCGCAGUAAGAUCGUCGAUUUUUUCGUUUGCCUCCAGUUCUGGCGCGGUCUACCGUCGUCAACCCCUGGGUUGACAGGAUUGAGGCAACAGUGGCAAUCAGAGCUGAAGAACAAGCCAGCUAAUAUGAUUGAGCACGCAUUGAACCUCUGCAAGGCUGUUACAGCCGAUGGUUUCACUGCUGUGGCUUACCCCCCUAGGGGAAAGGGCUCUUCAGGAUACGCCGCAAAGGGCCAUCGAGUAGGGAAAGGUAAAGGCAAAGGCAAAGUCACAGCGCAGAGAUUCGGCUGGUCAGGUGUGAUGAAGCGGGUUCCGGCUUCAUAG